CUACACCCCACUUUCCAAUACACCCUCCUGUAUUCACAAUUUGACAAUUGGAUCUGAAUAUUUCUCGAUUAUUGUCACCUGACUGAGGAUCCCUUAGGAGAGAUAAUCGCAGCAAUAUGGUAUACUACUUUACAUCGAAUGUGGUUGAGCCAUCCGCUUUUAUCUAUGUCGGGAAAGACAAAUUUGAGAAUGAGAAUCUUAUAAAAUAUGGUUUAGAGAAGGAUGUUUGGUUUCAUGUUGAUAACCUGUCCAGUGCACAUGUCUAUCUCCGUCUCCGUGAUGGUGAAUCAUGGGACAAUAUCCCACAACCCCUUCUGGAAGACUGCGCACAGCUUACAAAGGCGAAUUCAAUUGAGGGUGAACCAUCUCUCCAUUCAUAAUUCAUGCAUUGUGCUUCUACCAAUACGUAGUGAGCUAACUUACGGGUCAGGGAAUAA